GUUAAGAGGGAUGUGAUGGAGGAAAAAACAGCAAUUCAUACAGUAAUAAAUGCAGUAGAGGCACUUGGAAGGGGUUUUGAUGUAAAUUAUGAUACAAGGUUGUUGUAUUGUAAGGGAGUGGAUGGGUCUAGGGUUGUAGAGAUUAAUGAAGAACAUACAAGGGAUCUUUGGUUAUAUGACGAUGUUAUUUUGCAAAAUGUUUCAAAAGAUAUUAGCAACUUUCAAGAAUCUGUUGGUCGCGAUGGAACUAGUGUUUGCUCCUAUAAUGAGAUGGUGGAAUAUUUUAAUAAAAAGGCUAAUCUACCAGGCCAUGCUCCUCUUGGUAGCUUCAAUGUUGCAUUCAGUUAUACUGGUUCAAAGAAUAUAGAUACCGCUAGUACAAAGACGCUUUGUAUGGAUGGAUUUUUCAUACCGCUUUCUAAUCUUCAACUCAUGACUUCCCCUCUUGUUUUACGGGAAGACGUUAAAAGAGCUGUGCCAACAUCGUGGGAUCCGCCAGCACUGGCAAGCUUCAUUGAGAAUUUCGGAACGCAUGUAAUUACAUCUGUAACUAUCGGUGGAAAAGAUGUAAUUUACGUUAAACAGCACAUAUCAUCACCUCUAUCCACAGUAGAAAUAAAAAAUUACGUUCAAGACAUCGGAAAUCAGAGGUUCUCCAGCACAGGAAGCCUUACAAGUUCAGGUUUAUUGAAAUACAAGCAGGCUGCUGAUCCAUCAAUUUUCAAUAAUCAGGGGAUAUAUCCCCAACCCACUAGUGCGCCAUACAUUUCUGGAAAUGGAAAAGAGGAUGUUACAGUCAUUUUCAGAAGAAGGGGAGGGGAUGAUCUGGAACAAAGCCAUACUCAAUGGGCGAAGACUAUUAGAUCUUCUCCAGACGUUAUUGAGAUGUCGUUCGUUCCUAUCAUUCUCCUCCUUGAAGGGGUUAAAGGGAGGGAUCAUUUGGCACGGGCUAUAAGUCUUUAUCUUGAAUACAAACCUCAAAUUGAGGAGCUUAGAUAUUUCCUGGAGUUUCAGGUCCCAAGAGUAUGGGCUCCUGUACAUGACAGACUUCCUAAUCAACAUAGAAAGGAGCCUGUUUGCCCAUCUCUUCAGUUUAGCAUGAUGGGGCAAAAGCUUUAUGUUAGCCAUGAACAAGUGUCAGUGGGACGUAAGCCCGUGACCGGAAUGCGGCUAUAUCUUGAAGGGACGAAGGUGAAUCGACUAUGCAUCUAUCUUCAGCAUCUUGUUUCUCUUCCUAGGAUCCUCCAACCAUACUGGGAAAGUCAUAUAGCAAUUGGGGCUCCAAAGUGGCAGGGUCCGGAAGAACAAGACAGUAGAUGGUUCGAAGCAGUGAAAUGGAAGAACUUCUCACAUGUGAGUAGUGCACCAAUUGAGAGCCCGGAAAUUUUCAUAGGAGAUCUUUCAGGUGUAUACAUAGUCACAGGAGCUCAGCUUGGGGUCUGGAAUUUUGGUUCGAGAAACGUCUUGUAUAUGAGGCUCUUGUAUUCAAGGUUACCGGGCUGCACUAUUAGAAGAUCGUUGUGGGAUCACACCCCGAAUGACAAGUUAAGGAAACAGGCUGAUAGCAAUGGCGAUGAAAGUUCAAUUCCAGGACAGAAUUUUAUAGGCAAUAAGUUGGCAAAAUUUGUUGACAUGACGGAGAUGAGCAAGGGACCUCGAGAUCCUCCGGGUCAUUGGGUUGUCACAGGUGGAAAACUUGGUGUUGAUAAAGGGAAAAUUGUUUUGAGAUUGAAGUAUUCUUUGUUAAAUUAUUAG